UUUCCAUGGAGACGUCGGACGGCAACAGACCAGAGAGAGAGGUGUCCGACUCCGAGGCUAGUUUUCAACACCACACUAUCACCUUUAACUCUUCAACGACGCGUUUUCGGGACAUUUAAGGAGCUCUGAACUCUUCCAGGAUUAUCGUUUUGGUUAAUUUGUGGUACAGCUGAAUGACACUGGAAGUUUCCUCCUGGGAGAGAGAUGGAGAAUAGCCCCAACACACUGCUGCCCUCGUCACCAUGUCCUGCCACUUUUGGAGGGUGCCUGCCUUUCUCCUCCUCGCCGCAGCAGACUUGCUCAAAUGACCGUGUUUCACUCCCACUUUCACCUAUUUCCUUCCCCCCGUCCCCUGACUCACUUUCUCCAGCAACAGCAGAGUCAUCUAUUCACUCUUCCUCACCUCUUUCACACUGUACGGCGUCUCAGUGCCUCGAAGGAGAAAACAUACAGUGCCUCAGCCCGGCGAACACAUCUGACCAGGAUGACCUGACCUGCCUCAACUGGCUGCAUCAGAGGGGCAACCUGCUACCGCUGCAGCCACUUCACAAAAUGACACCACUGCCUCAGCUAGAGUCCUCUGCACCCACCCAACCUCUCCCUCCUGGCUCGUCCAAGCCACCCUACUCCUUCAGUAGUCUCAUUUUCAUGGCAAUAGAAGACUCACCUGACAGGAGGCUUCCAGUGAAGGACAUCUACGAUUGGAUUGUGAACAAUUUCCCCUACUACAGGACGGCCACUGGAGGCUGGAGGAACUCUGUUAGACACAACCUGUCCCUGAGCAAGAGCUUCCGUCGCAUUCAGAGGGACAAGAGCCAGUCAGUGGGGAAGGGAUCGCUGUGGUGUGUGUGUCCAGAGUAUCGGCCGGCACUCCUCGAGGUGCUGAGGAAGACCCACAGUUAUCACAGCACCAACAUCCAUCUGUUAAACAAGCCUGCACUGUUGGAAGGAGCUGAAUUUGGGGUGCCUGCAGUGUGCGACUCUAUGGAAAUAUCAGAUCCACUCUCUCAUGCCCUCCUCCUCUCCACGCCCUCAACCCAAAUCCUGACCACCGAUAACCUAACUUUCUCUGAAAACCCACCGUGCCCUUUGACCCCGGAUCACGAGGAGCUAGUCACCAUGGAGUCGGUUGAAUACCAUCAGGGGGAGGUCAGCGAGGAGCUGGAGAUGGAGAUGGAGAAGGACCCCCUGUCAGACAGCGGGUACAUCGAGUUACACUAUUACCAGUCUAACCAGUACCAGUACCUGGUGCUGCCGGGUGACACAGAGUUGGACCUGGAGACUGUGGAGAUCCUCCAGCUCGAUGCCGAGGCCCAGGAGGCUGCUGGGUCACUGCUGGACCUGGCAGGUGGCGGAUACUAAUGUUACAUCCCAUUUAACAAUCACAACUGAUGCAAUCCACUGUGAACAAAUACUCCAACAAAGCAACAUAAAUGGGGAUUUAUGUUUUAAAGUGUAAAGUGAUAAUGGAUGGAGUGAUGAUGUUUGGAAAAUCAUCUGCUUCUUCCUGAGACGUUGACACUGCCCUAAGUAGUAAGAUAAGAAUAUAGAUCAACUUUUUGAUAGACUAACAAAACUAUGGAUCACAUUACUUUAUGUAUUCAGGCACUUUCAGUGCAGAAGCUGAAUUUACCACCAUACAACCAUACAAUGACAACCUGGACAGAGACUUGAGAGAGUAAUGUUAAACUGAAAAAUGCGGACAAAAUUAUUCUCUGAGAUUUUAAAACUGAGGGGAAAGUAUUAAUAGAGUAUGGUCUUCAUUACAAUAUGUUUUUAGGUUUUCCACUGUGUUUUUUUAACACAUUAAGUUCAUUCUCAGGGGUGGAGGACGUGCUUCCAACUCAAGUAGAAGUACUGUUUCUCGAUUAACUCUCUGAGACCCACAAUAGACUAAUUUUUGUCUCUUUUAGGGGGUACAGGGGGUCUUUAGGGGAGAUAGCAGGUCAACAGUAGAUGUCAUAGAAGUGGUUUACAUCACCUGAAAGCUGGGAACCUGA